CGAAUCUUAUGUUGGAUACCAACCUCUCCAACCAACCUCGCAGCAAGAGCAAAAUCAGUGAAGGAUACAUGGGGAAAACGCUGUGAUAUGCUUUUGUUCUUCAGUUCGAAAGCGGAUGCCAGCUUUCCUGCAAUCGGGUUAAAUGUUGGGGAAGGAAGAAAGAGACUGUUCAACAAAACCCGCGCAUCACUCAGAUAUAUUUAUCAACGCCACAUAAACCACGCUCAUUGGUUUUUGAAAGCAGAUGACGACACGUACGUGAUCAUGGAAAAUCUCCGCUAUUUUCUAUCCAAGCUAAAUCCCUCGGAUCCUCAUUAUAUCGGAAGGAUGUUUACUUCUUAUGGCGGAUACAACACUGGAGGUGCUGGCUACGUUUUCAGCCGCAAAACGCUAAGAAUAUUCGAGAAAGCGCUGGACGAGGGUAGCUGCCACCUGAAGGGUGGUGAAGAUAUAUUUGUAGCAAAUUGUCUGAGAUCUCAGGGUGUGAAGCCCGUGAGUACGAGGGAUUCAAGCGGAAGAGAAACCUUUUUUCAUUUUAAAAUUGCACCACAAUUGAUACCCGGCCGUCCACCGCAUGACUUCCUCUCGAACUACAGCUACCCUCUUCCCUAUAAAAGUGGACCCGAAUGCUGCUCAGAUUAUCCAAAUACUUUCCAUAAAGUCAAUCCAGAAAUGAUGUAUCUACUUGAAUACUUAAUUUAUCGUGUCAAAGUGAAGGCUUAGAGUAACAAUCGGAAUAGUUUGAAAAAGUUAAAUCUAUAAAACUUAUUAGUCUAACUUGCAAUUUUUUAACCGUAACCGUGAUGAAGACUGUGACAAGUUGCGUGACAUGUUAUUACGUCACUGAUUCUCCGUAUGUGCAUGUAGCGUUGUCGUAACAACCAUGUGCUUGUGACUGAAAUUGUGGUUCGUAGUUCUGUUUCUUGUUUUCGCCUUUCUAUCUAAUUUAAGAGAAUAGCAUAUUGAUACAUGUGGCCUGUUCCAGGCUCUCAGAUAGUGGGGAAGACGCGAAAGUAAAAGGCACGCGAAAAGUUGGCGGGGCGAAAAAGAUUAAAUUAGAACUAAAAGCUUCCUACUCUUAAGAGCUAGUGUCAACAUAAAAUUUAUGAGUUUCCUAAGUUAAAUUACUACUAUGUCCAUUUUAGAUAAAUGUGUUCAGAGGGGCAUCAAGUUUAGAGACAAGAUGUCUCACUCCUGAAAAGCACACUCUUAAUAUUUAUCUUUCUAAAUGAAAAGCUUAUUAGUAAAUUGGUUAUUCAUCAUGUUUCAUUUUUAAAGGUAAACACUUAGAAUGUUCUAGGACCUUAAAGGCCUAUUGAUCGGAUAUCUAUCGAACUUUCAUUAACUUUCCAUAUAUCUUCAAAAUCGAGGAGAUAAGUCCUGUAACACAUCCAUGCCAAUGAUCGGGUUUUUGAUCGUUGCACGCACUGGCUGAGGUUGAUUUCUGGUGCAAGUCAUGUUUGUCAUAUUCAGAUCCUAUAAAACCUAGGGAAAAAACCCUUUCUUAUUCAUGAAUCCAUGUUUUAUUAAUGCAUGUUUUAUUAAUCUAUGUUUUAUCAAUCCAGUCCAUGUUUUACCAGUCCAGUCAAGUCCAUAUUUUAUCAUAUGCCAUUUACAACGCGUUUCAAUACAGCGCGAGUGAGGAUCCCGAUAUGAUGGAAACUUUAGUCUCCCAAUUCGAGGAAGAACCGUAAACGGGGCGAACGAACUGAAACCUUGUUUGAAGGAAAAAACACCGAGCUACGAAAGCUGAAGUGCAAGUUCUGCUCACAGUCUCAUAGUGUUCUGAAGAAAGAGCUAUGCCCAGCGUUGGGUAAAAGGUGAAAUGUUUGCCAGAAAAUGAAUCACAGAAGCGGUUCAGAAGUUUGUGCCAUGAAAGGGAAAAUACGCUCAGUAAAUCAAGAUUCUGAUUGCUCCGACUCGGACUCGGAUGUGGCCUCUGUGAAGACUCUCAACGCCUUUGUUAAUGGUGUCGCCUCAAAGAAAGACAAACCAUUCUGUGGUGAAAUGCAUAUCAGGUCUAACCCAGUCAGACGACAAGUAGACUGUGGAGCCACUGUUAGCAUCAUUCCCAAAAGUCACAUCAGUGACACCCAACUUAAGCCAUCUAACAUUUCUCUAGAGGUGUGGAACAAGGAGAAAAUUAACGCACUUGGAACCUGUAAACUCUCCCUACAGAACCCCAAGACCUCCCAGAAAUACAUGGUAAACUUUGUUGUUUUCUCGAGGAAGAGCUCAUCCCCCUACUAAGUCCCAAACCAGCUGAGAAGAUGAAACAUAUCUCAAUGGAGUUGGUUGAAGACAAGCACGAUACCCUACAAACUUUUCCUGGUGUGUUCAGUGAAGAAAUUGGCGCUUUGCCUGCUCUGUGCAACUAACCUUAAAGCCUGAUGCAGAACUAAUUCUUUGCCCACCAAAAGAUUACCCAUUGAACCACGGGAUAAAAUUAAAGACGAACUUGACAGGUUAGCUGACACAGGAGUCCUUGCCCAAGUAGAUGAACCCACUGACUGGGUGGAUCAGAUGGCAGUUACUAUUACACCAAAUAGGAUGGAAGUGUACGGAUUUGUAUAGAUCCACGGUCCCUAAACCUAACUUCAAAGCGGGAACACUAAAAGCUUCCAGUGCUCAAGGAUAUCCUUCCAGACCUCGCUAGAGUAAAAGUCUUCAGCAAAGUCGACCUCAUGAUCAGCCAUGGCUCGUUGUGGACUGAGGGCUGAUAUAAAGAUAGAACUAUCUGCGUCACGUGCUGGUGUGGAAGGUUGUCUCAGGAGGGCAAAGUAGCGUGUCUACUGGCCAAGUAUGAACUCUGAACCUAGACACUGGAUCUCAACUUGUGAGCCCUGCAGACUCUUUGAAAUUUCCCAUAGCAAAGAGACCCUCACGAGGCACGAAGUACCGCAGAGACCUUGGGAGAAAAAUUAAAGUGGCUGUUGAUCUCUUUACACUGGACGAGAAAGACUACCUAGUUACAGUGGACUACUGCCGUGCUAUUGGGAGCUGGACAGACCACAAAGCACAGAAGUAGGAGCUGUGAUCAAGAAACUAAAGGCUCAUUUUGCAAGGCACGGCAGUCCCUGCCAACUUGUAAGCGAAAAUGGUUCACAAUUCGAUGCGGCAGAAUUUCAGAAUUUCAAAAGGGCCUAGGACAUUGAAAACACACCAACAUCACCCUACAAUAGUAAGGCUAAUGGGAAAAUGGACGCUGUUGUCAAGUCUGCCAAUACAAACGUCUCCUCCGCAAGACUGCUAAAGGCGGUGACGAUUUCUACCUGGGGCUUCUUGCCGAGCGCAAUAUUCCAUCAGAAGGCAUUGGGAGCAGUCCAGUCCAGGGACACAUGAAAAGGAGGUGGAGGACUCUUCUAGAUCUUCCCACAACUGGCAAUCUGCUGGAGCCAAGGAACCUGAACACAAGCUAUGAGAGAGAAGCUGAGAGAUGUGCAGAAAGGCAAGCUCGCUACUACAAUACCAGUGCUCAUGACUUACCCACCUUUCGGCCUUAGGACUGGUGAAAUCGCUACUUUCUAAAUACGAUCGCAUUUAGUGUAUGCCGGACAAAAGAAGUAUUGGCGUGAAAGGAACCAUUUACUAACUCUUUGAUGCUGAAAAUUAUAUGCAAGUGCGGGGCUGUCAAACUACGUAGAAUAUAAGCGAUACUCGUAAUUAUCGCACACUUUGAUUGUAGAGCGCGCUUAGUGUCAUUUGAGUACAGACGCACAGAUAAUGGCUACCGGCAGAAUUUUCACGGAAUACUUUAGAUAUUAUAUUUCUUGUUUAGAAGCACUUUUAACGACUUGGCGCAGUUAUUAGGAGUGUACCAGGAAUUCCAGUAUUCUCCCGGAUUCGACUCUUGGCUGAACUUCUUGUUGUUGUUGUUACUGUUACUUUUUUCGUUUGUUUUGUUUGUCUGUCUUUUUUUCUCAAACAUCGACGUGCUACAUACUGAUAAUGACCUGUUUGAAUUCCAUCCAGUUUCGUCUGGGGAAGUACGGAAAGUAAUCAUGGCCUUACCUUCUAACAAGACGUCAAGGCGUCUUCUCAGUAAUAAAGGACUGUCUUGAGUACAUUCUCCUGAUAAUGACGAAUAUAAUCAACCACUUGCAAAUUUACUUGCUCAAUCUUUCCGCAAGCCUGUUAAAAAAAGGCGAAGUGGUCCCUCAUCUUAAAAAUGGGGACCACAAAAGUACCAAAUAAUAAUCGGCCUGUCUCUGUUCUGCAGUGUGCUCUCGAAAAUUGCUGAGUGAAUCGCCCUGGGUCAAUUAAACAAAUAGCUGCUUUACCGAGAAAAUCACCGCCCUCGUCAUCAAAGACACCACUCGACGGAAUCAUCGAGCUUGCUAGUCAUCGAUCACAUCGUCAAGGCCAUGGAUAAAUAGCAAAUCACGGCAAUGGGCCAUAUUGACUUAAGCAAGGCUUCCACAGCCUAUUCUAUUCAUUCUAUUGUAAAUUACAGACUGAAUUUAGUUAAUUCCAACGAAGUUCUUCUAUGGUUUGGGAUUUACCUUUAAAACAGACAUAACUCCACUUGUGUUGCAACUUCAUUGUCAGGACCACUUACGAUAAUGCAUGGGGUCCCUCAGGGCUCAAUUCUUGGCCCGAUGCUUCUCAGCCUUUAAAUGAACGUUCUAACCGAACUCAUCAAGUUUAAUAACUUCGAAUCUUUAGUUGAUGACACUUAGAUAAAACAGUAAAAACCCGCGAGUAAGAACCUGCAUAUUCCCAGGUUAGUAAGGGACGGACCACUAUUUUUUGGCGGGUGGGGGGGGGGAGGGGAAGGUUGGAAAAUUUUGAACACUGAAACAAAUUGAAUGCAAGUAAAAAAAAGUGAAAGUGUUUGCAGGAAGACGGAGACACGAAAAAAAUUGUUUGCAGCAGCAGCCGCAUAUAAAAAAUGUUUCCAUGUGAAAAUUUUCAACCCCCCUCCCCGUCAAAACAUUAAUGGUCCGUCCUUAAAUGGCAAUUUAUAAUAGCACAAAUUUAGCCUUUUUCUAAUAGGUUCUUAUUUUUUAAAGAAAAAAAAAUAUUGUAGCUAAGAAGUAUUUACUGGGUACAGUGAAACCUGUAUUAAGCGGACACCCUUGGCGAAUGCUGUAGUGUCCGCUUAAUACAGGGUGUCCGCCUAAUACAGGUUUCGAUAGAUAACGUCAUAUGAGGUGUCAAAUGCCAUUCAAAUGAAAAGUGGAAACGUUUAGUAUACUCCCGGCGACUAUGACGAUUUACGUUUGCGUUAAUUUCUUUAUUAAAGAUGAUAGUACCAUAAACAUAGAUUGCAACUCAAAUUUGAAGAACUCAGAUAAGUGAAACAAGCUCUACAGAAACAAAACGAAAUAGAAAACAACCCUGCACUGUGAAACUAAUCAAAUAAGUUCGUCAAGUCACGUUUUUUAAUGUAAAAAUAUUAAAAUUUGUGGGUGGUAAUCUUUCGCAUUUCCGGUGUCUGGCAUGUUGGGUGGUGGAAUUUAAUUACAAAGUGUCCGUUUAAUACAGGUUGGCAAUGAUAGAAAUGACCAUUUCAGGUACUUUUCAGGUGUCCGCGUCCGCUUAAUAGAGGUGUCCGCUUAAUAAAGGUUUCAUUUCAAGUAAAUAAGGGUAAUAAAUUUGAGGACUUCGGCUACUGUCCGCUUAAUAGAGGGUGUCCGCUUAAUACAGAUUUCACUGUAUUCAGGUUACUCCUUGUAUGAAAUCUUCCGUCUGCAGUCCAUUACAUCGCACCAGUCCAAAGUGCAUGCUAAAUGUUGACUUAUCUUAUUUGCCUAAUGAGUGCACACAACGUUUUCUUUUAGAUCUUAGAAAAUAAGAAUCAAUGUUUCAAAUUUUAGGGUAAACAGGUUAUUGUAUAGAACGGACCUAACUGAUAAAUUGUAGCCUAACAGGCUCUUACUCAUGGGUUUUUUUCUGCAAUUUAAAUCCGUAUUUUCUCGAAUAAUAGCCGUCCCUCUGAUUGAUCACCUCCCUCGAAUAAUAGCCCCCCUUUGACCAAAAUAUUUACAAUAAUCGCCUCUCUCGAGUAAUCGCCUCCCCCCCCCCCUCUCGCCACAUCCUCUCUCUCUCUUUUAUCCCCUCCCUCUCAAGUUAAAAGUUGAAUACUUACAAAAGCACGGGUUUUGUUACAGUUUUUUCUAUGAUAAUGUUUAUGUAUUUCACUUUUUCCUCUAUUCUUGGAUAUUGACAUUGAAAAUUAAUCAAGAAACCAAAUUUGGAACACUUAAAAAGCCCAUGUUCAGUUAAUUUACUGUGAUUAUUUUUCAGUUUAAUGGGAUAAUAAACCAAAGUAUUUAGGGCACGACUUCCAGUGAGGAAUAUUUGAAAUAAUCCCCUCCCUCGAAUUAUCGGCAUCCUUAAAUAACCGCCUCCUAUCGGUGCGCCAAAAAUUAAUAAUAAUCGCCCCCGGCUAUUAUUCGAGGAAAUACGGUACUGGAGAGAAAACACGCACCGGCGACCCGCGACACGUGACUAUAGGGCAACUCAUCCUGUGAGAUUUUCCGGUCGAUUUAAGGCAUAUUUGAAAUCACUUCAAAGUGGUUUUACGUUUCAGUGUUUUGACCUAUCUAGAAAACAAAACAAUGAAACUUAAAACUACGAAUUGACUGAAAAACGGGAAGAAACAAAACGAGCAACAGGGCUUAGAGAGAGGUAAGCUAUGCAUUUUUUUUUUACAAUUUAUAGCGCCCUUUUAUAAUUCAAGGUUAAUAAUUGUAACCACAUUCACAGUUUUCCCCAUACCACUGCAUUCAAAAUUUCCAUUCUUCUGUUGAAAUAACACAUCUAACGGUAAAGCGGAUUCUUAUUUCUUGUUAAGCUUGUGGACUUGAGCAUUCUAGUUUCUUAUCUGCUUAUUUUAUCAAGCAGUGGUUACUGAUCUAUAGAUGUCAUUGAAACGAACAUUAAGGCGAACCAGUUAAGCUAAAAUAGAUUUGGUUUCGAACAAAAAUAAUAGACAGGCUGGACGAUUUCUACCAAGCCGCAAGUAAGCAUCUUUCGUAAACAUCGAUCGAUCCAGCAUCCCGCACAAAGUGAAAACGUAUCAAUCGGGAUGUUAUGAAACUCUUCUUAGUCAAAAUGGAGUCUUCAGAAAAAAAAACAUACAAAAAAGAUGAAAAUUAAGAUCAAGAGUUAAAGCUUCAAUUUACGGAUCACCUAUAUAUAGUAAUAAGAAAAACUGGGAACAUAAAGACUGAUUCAUCUGAUGGUCAUUAUUAUGUUUCAAGGCUCAGUGUACACAUUUUGGUCCGCAAGGAAGUUUCUCAUGAUUUUUAUUAAAAGAGGAAAAAACAAAAACCCUGAAUGAAUGUUGACCCGGGCAAAGGCAAAGACAUUAAUGCCUCGUUUUUCGUCCAUGAACUUUUAAAUAAGCCAAAUUGGCGUCUAGAAUUCCUAGUGUCUAAUUCUAAAUGGGGAUAAAGAAACUCCUUGAUCAUUUUUUGAAAAGGAAAUACGAGCCUGUAUCUAAAAAAAACAACAACGACAUCAAAACAGGCCAAAUAAUAUUAUCGGUUUAUCGUACAAAUGAUGACACUCCCCGAAAUAGAUAGCUUCGCUUCAAAACACUAAAUGGCCGGCAGUCCUAUAUUAUCAGUAAAUUUCACAAAAUCGAAAGAUUCUAGCUAAUCUAAACUAUCAUAUGUCGAUUAAGGCAGGUCAAGCGAUCCUGAAAUGCUUUAUGGAUCUCAAGUCUAGUGUUUAGUUUACGCUGGGCUCAGAAGACGAAAGCGUGUUUUUGACACUUAGAACUUGCAUUCCCCGCAAAAACACUUGGAAACUAACAUCAGCUCAAUUACAAUAAUCUGCGGUAUGAUUUACUCCAAACAUUUGAGCCAAUCUCUCCGCUGUUAGCGGCAUUUUUUCACUCGUCUUUCUACUCCUCGUUAUCCUUCUCCUGAGAAAAAAAUAAUGUAACCUUCCUGCAUUGCAACAGGAACAUUCGACCCAACCAAGAUCGAAGCUGAUGACAGCAAUUGCACAGUAAUCUAUUGUAUCUUUAUUUCCGGGUUAGUUUCAUUUCCGUUAUGAGUCCAGAAAAAAAAAAGAAAAUUGACCACAGAUUUUCAUUUUUCAUUUUUCUGAAAAAUUAAAAUUUGACACAGGUUUCCUUUUUUCAUUUUUCUAUGUUCAGAAAAAAAUAAAAAUAUAACAUAGAUUUUCAUUUGUCAUUUUUCAUUUUUCAAUUUCUAAAAAAAUAAAAAUUGAACACAGAUUUUCAUUUUUCAUUUUUCUAUGUUUAGAGAAAAAUGAAAAUUGAAAAUCAAUUGUAUACUUUUUAUUUUUCAUUUUUAAAUUUAAAAAAAAAAAGAAAAUUGGACACAGAUUUUCAUUUUUCAUUUUUCAACUUGCAGAAAAAAUGAAUGACCCUAAAAUACACGCAUUUGAAAUCAACUUAUAGUAAAGCAAGAUGUAUUUCUUCGGAAAAAAACAAACACUUUUAUAUCUGUUUUAUGAAAGUUUCGAGGAAAACAAACGAGAGAGAGAGGGGUCCGUGUGGUUUUCGUCCAUUUGAUUUUUUUUCCAAAUUGAAAAUUGAAAAUUAAAAAUUUAUAAUCGUGAUUUUCAAUGUUUGAUUCCUGAAGAAUUGAAAAUCACAAAUUUACAAUCUCAAUUGUCAAUUUUGGUUUCUAAGAAAGAUAAAAUUGGAAAACAAUUUUCAAUGUUUUGAAAAUCAAAAAUUGAAAAUUGAAAAUGGUCAGUUGGAGAUUUUUAUUUCUUGUUUUUAAGGAAAAGGAAAACUAAACGAUGAUCUUCAAUUCUGAGAUUUUUGCCUGGUACCGAAGUUAAAAUUGUAUUUUCAAUUUCCUAUUCCCUAAAUUCAAGCUUAUUAAAAACUCAAACUUGACAAAGCAAUUUCAUGUGUAAAGAAACUUCGGGAAACAGUAUCAAUGGUGAUGAAAUCCGAAAUGAAAAUCGUUUUUUUAUUUUCGUAUUCGAGAAAAACAAAAAUUGAAAACAGACCAAAUAUAACUGUGACGGGUGGGGGAGGGUAAAACCGGAAGUGGCGCAACUGCAGACAAGAUGGCGGUCGUCUUGUAGUGAAGGAGUGUUCCAUGUCUUCGUCAAGCCGUCUCUAGGGGAAAUGUCACGCCAACAGCAAUCCAAAGCUUGCCUGUAUCAUGGCCGAGACGUUUUCAAAGAAGUGAUCUGAAUGUUUUUUUCUCUGAUAAGUAUUCUUUUGUUGUAACCUUGCAGCAUUAUACGUACGCAACGCAGCCGGGUAGAGCGUUUCAGAUCGGCGUGAACUGUGGACUGCGGACUGCGGACUACGGACCACGGACUGCGGACUGGGUAUAUAUUAAAUACGGACCAGGUAUAAAAUGCGAACUACGUGCUACGUUUUUAGUCUGAUAAUAUUGUCACUCGACCCUAACCAUGUAACCAUGUAUAACUCCUUUAAAAUGUUGUUGUUGAGUGAAGGAAUUUUGGCUCUAACAAGAAAAUCUUUUAAAGAGUUUUCCUUCCGAUAAGAACCAGUGGGGGCUUGGGGAUAUAUUAGCGCGAGUGUGUUUUUGCCCGUAAUAAGGUGCCAGUGUUUCGUUACUGAAUCUUUUUGAGAUUCGGAGUUGCAGGGUAGAAAGUCGUUACAAAUGGCAAAAUCUUUUGUUUUGGGUUUAUUUUGCGCGAUUCGAAGAGGAGUUUGGCUAGGAUUGUUUCCACAAGGUCGUGAGGGUAGCCUCAUUCUGUAAGGCGAGUUAAAAACUCUUUCUUCUUUAACUCCAGUUAUCGGAAAUUAUAUUCCUUAACCGAGUUCGUUCCGAGUAAAUGCAAGGCUUUUCCAUAUACGAAGCCCUUUUUAACGAUGAGGGGGUAAAAUGAGGAGAAAUUCGCAUAUUAAAACGUUUCUGUCGGCUUAAAUAAUGUGUUCGAAUCGGAUGAAUCUUGGUCCUUUAAAAACGUCAGUGGUCAAGGAAAACAAUCUGUUUUGAUGACAGUUCGUCAGUGUAAAUUUUAUUGUUUUGUGGAAAGAGUUCGCGAAAUCAAUAAAUUUGUUGAUUUCGGUCUCAGGGAGAGUCCACACUGAGUUUAUGUCAUCAAUAAAUUUCUUCCAGCCGGAGAAAUGGCUGUAAGGGCUCGCAUGUAGUAGUUGUUUCUCAACGUGAUCCAUGAAAAUGAUCAAGAAAGGAACCGCCAUUUUGGCGGCCAUUGUAAUGCCGUGAGUCUGUACGUAGUGUUUUUCGGUGAAUUUGAAUUAGUUUUCUGUUAAGAUCACCCGCAUUACGUCUGCCAAAUAUGAAGUAAGGAUAGGUAACUUUGACUGAUAAUGUUCUUCGUAAUGGUGACAGACAAUGUUGAUUCCCUCUUCCUGGGAAAUGCUAGUGCAGAGAGAACACACGUUUAACGUAGCUUAAAUUGCUUCAUCUGGAAGAGACGUGUUUUCAAUGAUAUCACAUUUGUGCGCAGUGUCCUCGAUGUUAAGGUCUUGUUUUUGCGCGAUUGGCCUGGUAAAAGCGAGUCUACAAAACUAGAAAAGCGUUUUUUUGGGACCACCGCUACCAAAGACGAUUGGUCUGCCGGCAGGAAUAGUUUUAUGUAUUUUGGCCUGCGUGUAAAACGCUGGUAUUCUUGGUGAUUGUGGCCAAAACUGAGCCAACAGGAAGUCAUUUGAGCAAUAUGCCCGUUUGUGAACAGAGCGUUUAUAGUUUGGGCUAUUAAUUGCGUGUUUUGUCGUGAUCUUAACUUCACAUAAACGAUUUUUGGUCUUUUACAGGAAGACCUGUUUAAAGGAAGGUGAUGUUUGGCGGAAGGUUUUUUCAAACAAAAUUAUUGUCACUCUUAUCACACAAGGUUUGACGUCUUCUUUCUUCUCCCGUCCUGUUGCGUAAGUUCACUAACUAUCAUAACACUAAGACAUAGUACGUAGUCCACAUUUUAUACCUGGUCCGUGUUUUACAUAUACCCAGUCCGCUGUCCGUGGUCCGCAGUCCGCAGUCCGAAGUCCGCAGUCCACGGUCUGUCCUUUAUACUGCCCGAUCUCAAACGCUUUACCCUGCGUGGAGUAAUGCUGCAAGGUUACAACAAAAGCAUACUUAUCAGUGAAAAAACAUUCAGCUUAAUUCUUUGAAAACAUGUCGGCCAUGAUACAGGCAGGCUUUGGAUUCCUGUUGGCGUAACAUUUCCGCUAAAGACAGCUUGACGAAGACACGCAACAUGGAACACUCCUUCACUUCAAGACGACCGCCAUCUUGUUUGCAGUUGCGCCACUUCCGCUUUUACCCUCCCCUCCCGUCACAGGUAUUUUUAGUCGGUUGGCAAUUUUUGUUUUUCAUAAAUAGGAAAAUCAAAAAACGAUUUUCAUUUUGGAUUUCACCAGCAUUAAUUCUGUUUCCCGCAGUUUCUUUACGCAUGAAAUUGCUUUGUCAAGUUUGAGUUUUUAAUAAGCUUGAAUUUAGGGAAUAGGAAAUUGAAAAUACAAUUUUAACUUCGGUACCAGGCAAAAAUCUCAGAAUUGAAGAUCAUCGUUUAGUUUUCCUUUUCCUUAAAAACAAGAAAUAAAAACCACCAACUGACCAUUUUCAAUUUUCAAUUUUUGAUCAGUUAGUUGUUUUUCAAUUUUAUCUUUCUUAGAAACCAAAAUUGACAAUUGAGAUUGUAAAUUUGUGAUUUUCAAUUCUUCAGGAAUCAAACAUUGAAAAUCAAGAUUAUAAAUUUUUAAUUUUCAAUUUUCAAUUUGGAAUAAAAAUCAAAUGGACGAAAACCACACGGACCUUGGCCAGCACUUUCUAAUUACAGUAAUAGUCAGGGAGCGCGGAGCAGAUUUUUGGAGUGGUGGGGCUUGCUCGCGCUUAUCGCAAGCUCAGCGAGCGCCCAAGGUGUUUGCCUAUCUAGGGAGAUCCUGGGGGCAUGUUCCCCCGGAAAUUUUUGAAAUUUACUGAGAGCUUCUGAAAUCACCGUAAACAAGUUUAUUUUAGUCCUAAGAAAAUGUUUUCAAAUUUUCAUUACCAUUCUGUAAGUUUUCUGCACAGAAACUCGCAUUUACAGUUAAGAUGAAAAUUGUGUUUGCUUUUAAAACAAAGAUUGGAAGUACUUUUGUAAAAGAAAACAAAAAAAUUCUCGUCAAAAUUAUUUCGAAUUAUUGGUGAAGGUUCGAGAUCGUACUAUGUGAGCUAAAAAAAGAGAAUUCCGGCAUUUGCUUUCAUUUGCUCAGUUAGUUCAUGUUUCUUUCCCAGAUCCUUUGGGUUUGCAAAGUUUAUCUGAAAAGUGAAAUCCAGCCUGCGAGCAAGCUAUCUAUUUGGGAGAUAUCGUAAACGUUGCGCACACUUGUGAGCGGCACGUGAGAGAAGACCCGACAGCGCGGGAAGGAAAAGAGAGCACACGUAGCAAACUGCGAAAGAACAUGGUACGACUGGAUCUGAGUUUACGUAAUUUUACCCUGCAGUUUACCAGCAUUCUAGUUUUGGGUAUGGUGACAAUGUUCGUGCUUGAACAUAAUAAUUACAUGCAGUAUUGGCAUAAACGCUUCGAAAAAGCCCGUAUACCAUUAACUAUUCAUACUCAGGAAAGAGAAGAUGCUGACAGGAUGUCCACUCAAAAUGAAAUUAAAAGACAGCGAAUCUUAUGCUGGAUACCAACCUCUCCAAACAACCUCGUUGAGAGAGCAAAAUCCGUGAAGGAUACUUGGGGAAAACGCUGUGAUAUGCUUUUGUUUUUUAGUUCCAUAGAGGAUGUUACCAUCCCUGUAAUCGGGCUUAAUGUGAAAGAGGGUCGCCAUAAUCUAUAUGCAAAAACCCGUGCAUCGCUGGAAUAUAUUUAUCAACACCAUCUUGAUGAUGUUGAUUGGUUUUUGAAAGCAGAUGACGACACUUACGUGAUCAUGGAAAAUCUCCGCUAUUUUCUGUCCAAGUUAAAUCCCUCGGAUCCUCAUUAUAUCGGAAGGAUGUUUACUUCGUAUGGUGGCUACAACACUGGAGGGGCCGGCUACGUUUUCAGUCGCGAAACGUUAAGAAUAUUCAAGAGAGCUUUGGACGAGGGUGGCUGCCCCAGGCGUGGUGGUGAAGAUACAUGGGUUGCAAGAUGUCUGAGAGCUCAGGGUGUGAAGCCGGUGAGUACGAGGGAUUCAAGCGGGAGAGAAACCUUUUUCCAGUUUGGAAUUGCAGCACAAUUGAUACCCGGUCGCCCAAAUGACUUCCUCUCAAACUACAGCUUGCCUCUUCCUUAUAAAAAUGGACCCGAAUGCUGCUCAGAUUAUCCAAAUACUUUCCAUAAAGUCAAAACAGAAAUGAUGUAUCUACUUGAAUACUUAAUU